AACCCCCACCCUUUAGAAUUUCCUGUCAGUGUGAGACACAACCGUUCAGCUGCUUAUUGAAUUAUUUGUGUUGAGUUCACAGUUUUUUCAAGUUCAAAAUGAAAGAGGACUACAUGGAGCAAUUUCUAACUCUACUCGUGAUGUUGGCAGCUGUAUCUCAUGUUGCUGAGACAAAAUUUAGUGUCACCCAGAACACGUCUCUGUACUCUCUUACUCCUGGAGGACAUGUGUCCAUCCAAAUAAUCAACAACGCAAGCGGCCAUCAGGUGGUGUGCAAGAAAGAGCUUAUGACUGGGCCUGUGAUAGUGUUCAACCUGAGGAGAGGAAAAGUGACCAUAUAUGAAGGCUUUAGAAACCGGACCCAGUUCUUCAUCAACAACGGGACGUUAGAGUUCACAAACGUGGCGAAGAACGACUCAGGCCAAUACAUCAUGGAGGCUUAUGAUUCCACUGGGGUACUCGUGGAAAACUUAAAGUUUCAACUGGAUGUUCAAGAGCACAAGUGGUCCUCCAUCUGGAUACCGGCCUCUGUUGGGGCGGCUGCUGUGCUCCUGCUGUUACUGGUUGUGUUGGUUUGUUUCUGUGUGUGCAAGCGGAGGAAGACAUCAGGUCUGGAAACCAAAUGUGAUGUCAGAAAGAGUGAUGGAGCUCAGUGUGACGGAGCUUUGGGAGGAACUGUGGUCCUGCAGCUGAUGGAUCGUGUACCAGAAAGAUUUGACAUUUAUAAGAACACCACAAGGAUAUUAAUCUGGAGAAGAUAUAAAUUUAGACACAAUGCAAAUGAGGGCAAAUACUCCUUUAAUCCUAGUGAUGGAACAUUUAGGAUUGAUAACCUUAUAAGAUCUGACACAGAUCAAUAUAAACUUCAAAUAUUUAAUUCAGAUGGAGCUCUUUUAGAGGAUCGGACUCUACAGUUGUCUAUUCAAGCUCCUGUGUCGCCUGUCCGGCUGGUCCCUGAGUGUCUGUCCCAGGGAGAGAUGAGGGUGUCCUGCUCCUCUGAGGGAGGGGACAGUCCUCAGUACAGCUGGACUCUGGAUGGACACACACUGACAGAAGACAAGCUGCUCUCUGGAAAUCACGAGAUUGACAACGUCACUCUGAGACAGAACGUCGAGGGAGUUCUGGGCUGCUCAGUCAAGAACCACGUCAGUCAUUUAGAGAGUCACCAGAUAAUAUCUACCUGUGGCUUCAUCUUCAUCAACUGCACUGACUCUAAUGAGACACGCAUAACACAGUGGGUGUUUGCAGCCAAUAACACACUGUGCGUUGAGCCGACCUCAGAAUCGAUUGUGGAUCCCUCCCUCAUAUGUGGACUGCAAACAGCUGUGGCAGCUCUGUUGUUCAUUGCGAUCGCCGCCUAUUUUGCUUGGAGGAAAAAUAAAUCCCAGAGAGCUGAGGGCUCUGCCAUGCCACAAGAGAGGGAGGAUCCAGAGACCUCUGUUUAGAUGCUUGAAAAGAGAAGUUCUGCUCUUGAACCCAAAACUUCCUCUUAACCGACAUUUUGUUUCGCUUCGCUUGCUGUAAUGGCUCAAGUUUCUUUGUUGGUGUGAAAAUAACUUCUUAUCGUGUUUAAAGCUGCUCUACACUUGUGUAUUUUCAGCGCGAGGAAGUAUCAGCAGCAGUGAUCACAGAACAAAGAACAUAUUUAUGGUAAAUGUGCAAAGACAUUUUUUAUGUUUUAAGGGUUUUCGUGUCUGAAAAUCUGUUCAUACUAAAUCAUAAAAGGUGUCACUGUGUGUAGAGCGCUUCAUAUUAGCUGUACAACUGAGAGUGAUGCCAUUUGAAAGUGACUGUUUUAUCAGUUUUACAUAUUAUUACAUUAAUUAAAAACAUUGCAUAUCAAGAUUCAGCAGUUUGACUUGAUUUAGAUUUUCUCACGUAAACAGGAAAAUGAUGUGUCUUGCUUUUAGAGUUGUUAACACGAUUCUUUCACUUCUUGAUGUAAAUCAACCAUUUUACAGAACACUGGAUUAUCUGAAAAAUUACUUCAAAGAUCCACCAAAACAAUAGUGUUAAACUAUAUACAUUUUUUUAUGUGAUCAUAAUUACAGUUACAGUAAUGAUUGAAACAUGGAGGGGAAGGGGUGAUUUAAUUUAGUUUCUUGAUGUGUAUUCACGUCACACAUUCAGUCAUGUAUAAUUAAAUAUUCUACAAGCAGCAAUGCGUUGGGAAUUUUGAGGAAUAGGAGGAAAAAAGAGGACGAAGAAGAGAAUGAGCUUUUCAUGAUGCAUUUUGCUUCAGUAGACAUUAACAGAAUUAUUGUUCUUAAACCAGAGUUUGAAUUCACAACCUUAGACCCUGAAAUCCAGUCAUGAUCUUGAUUAUCAACCUGCCAGGGGACAUCACUUCACUCAGGAUGUAACUUGACUCUGUGACUGAAGGCAGUCUGCAGGGCUGCUGACUACUGCUGCUGUGGAAAAUUAAGUUAUCAAGAAAAACCUGUUCAUCUAGGCAGUCUAGAGAUGUCUCUGAUUUAUUUUCACAAAGUUUUAUUAAUGAACACAGCAGCCCGGCCCCUAACGAAUCAUUCCAUCAUACAGCUGGUUCUACUUCAAGAGGCUUUUCAGAAAGUGUCUCUCUACUGUGUGUGCAAAUACAGUAUCCAAAAUCUUGGUCCAGACUUUGAAACAAAUGAAAACUGUAAUUUCUAUGGAUUAUAGAAUAGUUG